AUGGCAGAAUCUAAAGAAGAGCAGUAUGUACACCAGGUGUACAAUGAAAUCGCUCCUCAUUUCUCGCAAACUAGGUACAAGCCUUGGCCUGUAGUUACCGACUUCUUGCUAAAGAGACCACUUGGAUCCAUCGGCAUCGAUGUGGGAUGUGGUAACGGGAAGUACCUUAAUAUCAAUCCAAACAUAUACAUUCUGGGGUCAGACAGAUCAUCAGGGUUGAUCGAAUGCGCACACGAGCUCAAUUCGCAUUACAAUUUGAUAGUAGCUGAUGGUAUGCACCUUCCCCAUAGAGACAAGACUUUCGACUUUGCCAUCUCGAUUGCCGUAGUGCACCACUGGUCCACACGUGGAAGGCGUGUAGAAGCGAUCGAACAUAUUCUGAGCAAGCUACGCGAUGGUGGCGAGGCUCUCAUCUACUGCUGGGCCCUAGAACAAGCUGAGAGUCGGAGAGGUUACCAUGAGGGUAUGCAGCAGGAUGUGCUUGUGCCGUGGGUUCUACAAGACAAGCAGGAGAAACCUAUAGAGCGUAAGACUAAAAAUUCGCAGGAAAAACUAGAUCUCAAUGGCAUUGAACCUCAACAAAGAGCGGCAUUCAUCGCUAAGUGGAAAGCAGAACAGGAGGCGAAGAGAAAGCAGGAAGAAAUCGAUGCCGAAGCUGAAAGAAAGAGACUCGAAGAAGAACGAGAGAAAAAUACCAAGUAUAGGUACUACCAUUUGUAUCGGAAGGGCGAGCUAGAAGAAGAUUGCAUCAACGCCGGGGGAGAGGUAAUCGGUAAUGGCUACGAGAAAGAUAACUGGUAUGUAAUAGUUAAGAAGAAAUAA